UCGCGCCGGCUGAUUCAAACCGCGCAUGCGCGCGUUUAAAAGAAUGGCCGUUACAUUUUGUCGAGUGCGUGCUUUUUGUUGGUUUGUUUAUAAAUUUUGAAAUUUAUAUAAGUUAUUAAAUUGUCAAUUAUUUUCAAAAAUUAAUCGGUUGGUGAUCUGAUUAUUUAUUCAAAUUCCUGGAUCCCGGCGCCAUGGAGGGAAGGAAAAUCGAACGCAUGUUUCGAUCUUUUCGUUUGGUUGGACAGAAUUCCGAAGAAUCGGUUUCCACUGAGCACGAGGACUCAUUCGCCUCAGGAUCAUCAACGCAGCACAGCAGCCGGAGUAUUGAUUACCGUACCAAGUACCCGGCCCUGUACAGUCUCGAGGAAAUCUGCAAAUCAUUUCACGCAGAAGACGCAUCGAACAUCGAGAAUGACCCCGGCUUCUCUCUUGCACCCCGGAGACUAAAUACCAGCUCUCAAAAGUCCUCGGAGUACUCGUACUAUAGCACGCAGUCUAUACCUCAGUCCAAUAUAUCGAGCAUAUCAACAGCGCCAGCUUCCGAUGACUACGACGCUGAAGAAUCUUCAUCAUCACCAUCAUUUGAAAUGGUUGAUAACUUUUUAAACAAAACAAUAAAUGACUCGGCAUCGACGGCCUCGGAGUACGUUGAUGCCACCGGGUGUAAAAACAAUCCGCAUGACACCUGGCAGAGUCACCAGGAUUCUUUUAAAUCCAGUGGAAGUACUUCCACAGAAUACAUGGAAAUAAAAGCUGUCUUGCAUAAACUGAGCAAAAUUCCUAAUAAUAAAGAGGACUGUGGUGCGACUGCUGAGUCGAAUCAGUGUUUCAAUCGUCUGUCAAAGUCUUUCGAGACUGUGAACAACGAUUUCAAGCAGCAGUUGAGGACAAUCCUGGAGGAGACUCAGCUGGGUGAUGGCGACAAUUCAAUAGGCGUUUUUCGAGAGAUGGUAAUGAAAAUAAUUGGCAAGACUCGCGGCAUCCAGGACGAGUCGUUGAUAUCUUUUGUAAAUGACCAUGGGCUGUCCAAAGUAUCUUUUGAGAAAUCUCCUACUUCACCUGCGGCUGAAAUUGACCUCAAAGCAGCGUCUCCAGCGGCAAAUACUCCUUUCAACAUCACAAAGAGUAAAAAAAUUUACCGGAAAACGCCAGUUGACCUGGCUAAGGGUUCGACCUUUGCUAACACGCCGCUGCGUAUCGCUGCGUUGACUCGCGGUAUGGAUACGCCGAAAUCAAACACACAGUCUCCGUCUGGUACUCCAGGGUCACCGAGGACUCCCGGGUCAGGGAGAGAUUUGAAUGAGUCCUCUUUUACUUAUUACGAGAGACAGUGCUUGGGAGACAAAAUCCCGAUAACGCCUAAACCGAUGCCAGAGUUAACUGAAGAGCAGAAAAAAUUGCUGGCUGAAUGUCAAAUGAAAGAGCUCGCGUUGGCUUCCGUGUCUCCUUACUCGUCGAAGAGUCUAAAUAAUUGCAAAAGCACAGACUUUGAUGACAGCAAUCACCAAAGUAAUGAACUGUCGCCGAUAAAUUCCGCGGCUCGAGGUCAAGUCUCGGAUAAUUUCUGCGACUCGCUGGAUGACUUGGAUAUCGAGAAGGAAAUGGCGGAACGGGACAGGCGGAUCGCGGAGACUGAGAAGACGAUCAAAGGAAUUGUUGAUGAUAAGAAAAUUACGGGGUCUUAUUCUGACGAAUUUUUGAACAUCGUGAAUACUUAUUUUGAUAAGUCUGGCAGUAGAGUAAAAAGUGGUGAUGGUUUACACGACUCUGGAGUCGAGACGGUCUCGUCGGCUCGUCAAAGCAGGAGAGAUAAAUUUUCUGGCAGCGACAGCUCGCUGGAGUCCAGAUUGGACAACAUUACGCUGAGAAAAUUGUCGCCUAGUUCAAUUAACAUCAAACACUCAGGAAGAAAAAGGUCACCUGUCAUCAUGGUGUCGAAAACAAAAUCAGCGACGCCAAGAACUUUGAUAGUUAGAAAUAAAUCUCCAUUACCAGGUACCAAGUCACGGGUCCCAGUUACUCCUAAGUCAACUCCUCGGACUCCGCGAAGAGUUCCAACGCCAGCAUCAUCAACUCCGCGGGUAGUUUCUGCUAAAAGAAACAUCGCAAGUAAAUUUACCCCUGGAAAAUCGGUGUCUUCCUCCCAAUUGUCUUCCGCUUUGUCAGUAGUCGCUGGUAAGUCCAGCAAACCAGCGGCUGCUUCUAAAGAAUUCAAAGUCCCGGCUCAGCCGCCGAUGAUCUUGGUGACUCCCAGCACGCCGUAUGGCGCAGUUACAGGUCAAGACAAUUUUUUUUCACCCAUGCAGAGUCCCGGUGCCGGUAAAAUCGGCUCGUACGUUGGGGGAAAGUAUUUUAUUACUCCGGGAAAAGUUCCUGUUGCAAAGAAGAAAACUGUCUUCUUCCCGUCACCUGCUAAAGUAAAUGAGACGCCGAAAAGUAAUGAAAUUAAAAAAUUUAUGGAAAAAAUAUACCCGGGCACAGCUAAAGUUAGGAGUCCAGUUGCUGAUUACAUUCGCGGAGGCAGAGAUCUUACGGCUAUUAAAACAAUUCCGAAAACUCAGAACGAGUAUCUUCUCUCCAAGGAAGAAAUGUUGAAUUACAAGCAUAAUGUCAAAGUCAAUGAUGAAAAUUACUCCCCGAAUUCAGGUUUUCAUUAUCCUACUGCUGUCUACCGACCAAAUAGGCCAGUGCAAGAGUUUGAUGCCAGUCCGAUAACGCCGCAGGGUUCGCGGGUAAAAAAAUUAGUCGCGAAAAAAGACAGCCGCGAAGUUAUAAAGCAUCAUCAUGUGCCAACAGAAAAUCAUCAGCCGGAUAUGUCGAUACGUAUUAAAACAGUAGCAGAAAAAAAAACUGCUGUAACUCCCCGCGCUUAUAAAAAAUUUUAGAUGAUAAGACGACAGUUUUAUUUAAUGUAUAAAUUUAUUAUUUAUUUAUUUUCUAAGUUUAUUUCGAAAUUGAUCUGAUUUAUCUAUUGGUAAAUAAUUAUAACGUAAGUUUCAAGAAAAAUAUUAACGGAAGUUGACUCAAAUAAUAAAAUCAUUCCUUGAGUUAAGGGCAAAAAAAAAUUAAUUAGAGUUGUCAUCAAUUAGGGGUUGAACGAAAUUUUUUAAAUAAAUUUUAGUUUGCAAAAUUUGAAAAUUCGAAUUAUAAAAUUUACAUAAAAGUUUUAUGAUAUUGAAGUCAGCAGACAAUUUAUAAUUUAAAAAUUUUUAUUUCGACUAAUUAAUUAAUUAAUUACAAAAAAAAAAAAAAAAAAAAAAUUUGCACUUACAGAAAAUUAAAAAAACUAUAAGUGCAAUUUUUUAAAAUAUUUUUUUUUUAUAAUUUAUCAUUUUAAAAAAAUCCAAAAAUUAUUGAAAUUUAUUUUCCAAAUUUCGUUUUACUCCUAAUUGACGUCAACUUUUUUCAAAAAAUUUACAAAACUUUUAUACAGUAUGACAAUUAAAGGAGAUAAAAUAUUUUAAAAAAGUGGCGGGUAUUUAAACUGACCCUAGUAACAAAAUAUAAAUCAAUUACUUCAUUAUUUUAUUGAUUUAUUAUUUACAUCAAAUGAUAUUUUUUUAAAAGUCAAUUUAACUUAAAUACAUAAAUAUAUAUAACAAAUUUAAUAUUUAUAAGAAAUUUAUUUAUUAACGUCAACAUAAAUGUAUAUAAUUUAUUAAAACAACAUAUAUAUGACAAUAUUAAUUUUAAAAAAUAAUCAUAAAUAUAUUCUAAGUAAAAUUACAUAUUUUUUUAACUUGUAGUAAUUAGCGCGUUAAGUACAAGAUAAAAAAAGUAUAUAAAUUUUUUAUAGUAAAAUAUAAAUUAAAAACUCGGCGGUUUCUAUUCUAUUGACUGUACAAUAAAAUAGAUAAAAUAAAAAAUAAAUAAGCCGAAUGUUCUAGAGCCUUGACUUGUUGUUUGUUUUUACAAUCUCAGAUGAUUCAUUAUUAUAUGAUAUAUAUCUAUAUCUACAUCUAUAUAUAUGUAAUGAUAAUAUGUUUACCGAACGGCAGUUUCUCGAAUUGUUGCACACGGUUCCUUUUUGUCUUUUUUACGUAUUCGAUUUACUCCAAUAACCCGCGGUGGGAAAAACUGAUAAAGUACGCGGCCAAUGGGGAACCAGAAAGUGGUGGGUUUGUUGCACAUGGCACCCAGUUACCCAGGUCCGUUGCACACGUCCUGGACUACGUGAGACAGUAAGAUCUCGUAGAGGAGAAUGAUGAUGUGUAACUCGUACUGAGGAUGGUGGGGGACAAUCAAUAAAAUCGAACCGCGCGACGUAAAACGACACACUCUUCUGUGAUUACUCAGUGAACUUACACUUGUAUUCUUUGAAGUCAAUUUUCGUACCGGCAAAUAAUUAUCAAGAUGCCAGACCCAUGUGGAGACAAAUGCAAAGAUAAAUGCGGAGGAUCAUGCAAAUGCGGUAGUGAUUGCAAAUGUUGCGAGAGCGGAGAUAAAUGCGACUGCAAAUCUGGCGGCUCCUGCAAGUGCAAUCCUUGCGCAUGCAAGUAAACCGACCAAUUGAACUCUCAUCGACAUCACAAUGAUUCCAGUUGCUAUUGAAAAUUUCAAAAUUUUAUUUAUUAUAUCGCACCAGUCGAUUUGCAUCGACAAUAAUUUGAUUUAAUGGAACCUAAAUUCAUUUCAAUGCUUGUAUUAUAUUUAUUUGGAUUAUAUUCUGUCUCAGCACAUAUUAUGUAACAAAAGUUAUGAGUAUUAAAUAAAAAUAAAUUAUUGGAAAUAUGA